AUGGAUUGGGCUGAGGACCAGUUGUGCUGCCUGCAACAGGGUGGUCGCCCUCUGGAAAGCAUCUCCUGUUCUUCCUGGCUUGGAGCCAGCAGAGCACUAGCCGCCGGAUCAGACGAUGUAAGAGAAAUAACAUCGUCAUCCAGCAGCUCACUCUCGUCCGUGACCGAUGAGCGCGAAAGGGAGAGACCCUUUUUCAACUCAUCAGCCAGUUUUCUUCUUUUUCUCAACAUAGGCUCACUCUGCCAGUUAAAUGUGUGUGGCCGAGUCCCCCUUAACCCCAAGAUUGUUGGAGGGCAAAAUGCAGUUAGGGGGUCUUGGCCUUGGCAAGCGAGCAUUAAUUAUGUUCCAAAUGAAGGUCUUGUAUGUGGUGGGAGUCUAAUCAAUAAAGAUUGGGUUUUGUCUGCAGCUCAGUGCUUUCAGGAAUUGAAUGCAUUGACCACAAUAAUCUUCUUGGGACGUCAAUGGCAAAUAGGCACAAACCCCCAUCAGAUUAACAGAACUGUGGCUCAAAUCAUCAUACAUCCUAAAUAUAACCCAGAUAAUUUUUUUGAAAAUGACAUAGCACUGGUCCAGCUCUCCUCUUCUGUGACUUUCAAUGAUUAUAUUAGGCCCAUUUGUCUGGCGGCUGCUGGUAGUACAUUUGAUGCGGGUACUGAGAGCUGGAUCACUGGAUGGGGAAAACUUAAUUAUGGAGACACCACUAUUCCAAACUCACUGCAGGAGGUGAACAUACCAGUCGUCAGCCAGAGUGAUUGUGAACAUGCCUAUGAAAGAAUAAUUCCAGACAACAUUCUGUGUGCUGGACCAGCCGAGGGUGGGAAAGGCUCAUGUCAGGGAGAUGGUGGAGGUCCACUGGUUAUUAAUGGCUCGCAGUGGAUUCAGUCUGGAAUUUCGAUUUUCGGUGUAAACUGUACAGCACCCAAGUACCCUGGCGGUUACACCAGAGUGUCUCACUACCAGGACUGGAUCAGCUCUCAGAUAAAGAGUGACCUGCCUGGAUUUAUUAAAUCCAGUGGAUUCAGAAGCUCACCCAGCCUCCCCUUAUUUUCCCUUUCACUCACAUUUUCCAUCUUUUCUCUCAUCUUCUCUCUGUUUUGUUAAAG